AAUGCCCGUUCCUCAAGGCUACCAACAACAACAAAUUUCACAACAACGCCAAGGCUUCUCAUGCUUUGACAAAUUGAAAAUGGGCUUUUUAAUGGGGUGUAUGAUAGGUGGUUCUACUGGCGUUAUUAUUGGGACUUUUACAACUUUGAGGGCCGGUCUACGCGGCAGAGAAGCUUUCAGACAAAUUGGCAAAGUGGCAGCCCAAAUGGGUGGUUCUUUUGGUGUUUUUAUGACUGUUGCGCAAGGGAUUAGAUGCUAAGAAACGUUGAUUUUGAGAAGAAACUUUGAUUAAUUUAAAUUUUUUGAUAGCUUGUUGACUUUUUUUUACAUAUU